UCCGUGUUGUGGCUCACAGAGAUCAGUCCUAACCUGUCCAUCAGGAAUAACGGUCCCUCAUUAUAAAGCUGAGUCCUCACGGCGCUCCAAACAUCUCUUUCUCUCUCUGGCGUUUUCCUCCCCUCUAGUCGGCUAUUUGGGGAAUUUUCGUAUAGAUUCGGUGAAAUGUUCUUUAGACGGCACACACGCUUUAUGGGAACUUGAAGGUGUCGGUGUGUCCGUCCCCCUUCAUUCGCGCACUGACGCGCUGCUGUCCGAUCACACACACACACACACUUCAAAAGAUCAGAAGACGCGCAGGACGCUCACGGUCCCUCUAAACAAACCCUCCUGGAUAACUUCAUUCGGACUUCUCAGUUACUCUACCCCCCAUAAUAUCGUCCGCUACUCUGAUCGACGCACAUCCUCCUAUACUUUAUUGAGAGUCCAAUUGUUGCCGUGUGUGUGUUGGUGCUAGAUCUUGGAUGAAGGAGCGGAGCCCAUGCGGACUGCUGCCAUCUGACCCACUCUUAUCAAUGAAGCAGGAGAUCAUGGCGGAGGGUCCCCGGUGUAAGAGGAGAAAACAGGCCAACCCGAGGAGAAAGAACGUGCUGAGCUAUGAAAAUGUGGUGGAUGCUGGGUCAGGAUCCGAUGAGGACGACAGACUGCUGGGUUCUGAGGGUGAAGGCAGUCCUGCUGGAGUGCCGAGCCUGGAGGCCUCACCACGGGUAGCCCAUGCCCUCCUCUCCUGCCGAGGAGAUGAAGAAACCGAAAGCCAGGAUGGGGCCGGGGUCCACGUCUGGCGCCACGGAGACCUGAAUGGGUCAGAAGAGAGAAAAUCUGAGUACAACUCCAUGAGCCCUGACAUCUCUCUCCCUGGAAUUGGAAAUGGUACAGUUAAGGGUAUGGAUGCCACUUCAGAGCUGGAUAGCUUCUUUGCCAAGAGGAAAUUAGAUGACGGUGAGGGAAACGCAGCGAGUAUUGCGGACUACCUGCAGGAUACUGUUAUCAUUUACCCAGAGGACCCGGAGGAAAACACACGAUUGGGCACGCCAGAGGCUAAUGGACAAGAUGAAAAUGAAAACGAUCUGGCACUGAGGACGCCAGAUGCCUUUGCCCAACUGUUGACCUGCCCCUACUGUGACCGGGGCUACAAGCGUCUGACCUCUCUAAAGGAGCACAUCAAGUACAGACAUGAGAAAAACGACGAGAGCUUCCCCUGUCCCCUGUGCAGUGACACCUUCGCCUACCGCACCCAGUAUGAGCGCCAUAUGGCCACACACAAGCCCGCUAGAGAUCAGCCUCAACUGCUAAAUGAAGGGCCUGGUAACCGCAAGUUCAAAUGCACAGAGUGUGGCAAAGCCUUUAAAUACAAGCACCAUUUGAAGGAGCACCUUCGCAUCCACAGCGGUGAGAAGCCAUAUGAGUGCUCCAACUGCAAGAAGCGCUUCUCCCACUCAGGCUCCUACAGUUCCCACAUAAGUAGCAAGAAGUGCAUUGGUCUCAUCUCUGUUAAUGGACGGGUACGACAUGGAGUCAACACUAAGCCAGGCUCAUCCCCAAACUCUGUUGCAUCCUCGCCAGGCAGCCCUGCCUUAGCACAGCUCCGUCACAAACUGGAGAACGGCAGGUCCAUGAGCCUCCAAGACCCAUCUGCCCACCCAGACAUCAAGUCUGAGCCCAUGGACUUCAAUGAAUACCGUCUUAUGAUUGCAUCUCAACAAGACUAUGGUGGGCCAGGAGCCUUUCUCAAUGGAGGUGGACAUGGAGGGAGUCCUCCAGGAUUGCACAGUUCAACCCCGAACCCCCUGCAACACCUGGGUAUUGGGUUAGAUUCUCAUUCACUUGCCUAUGCAGGGUUCAACAACAACAUGAGUGAAGUCCAAAAGGUUCUUCAGAUUGUGGACAACACAGUUUGCCGACAGAAGAUGGAUGGCAAUCCAGAAGAGAUUGCUAAGCUCAGAGCAUACAUGAAGGAAUUAGGCUCCCAGAUGGAGGAGCAGAAGCUGGCACUGGCUUCCCAACAACGCUUCCUUGGCGUUGGUCACAAUAGUCCCACCAAGACCAUCAUUGACUACACACUGGAAAAGGUCAAUGAAGCCAAAGCAUGUCUCCAGAGUUUAACAGAGGAUUCUAAGAGGCGGGCUGUGGAUGUCAAGAAAGAAAGACCCAGCCAUGGCAUGGAUCUUGGAUCUGAAGACAAAAGCCAUGGCAUGGAUCUUGGAUCCGAAGACAAAACACAGGAUAGGGAUGCACAGUAUGCCCCAUUUUCGUGUCAGUAUUGCAAAGAGACAUUUUCUGGCCCUAUUCCACUGCAUCAGCAUGAGCGCUAUCUUUGCAAGAUGAACGAGGAGAUCAAAGCUGUCCUUAAACCUCAUGAUACCGUACCGACUGGCCGAAGGGGGCUUUUCAGCUCAGAGACUGCCAUUUCUGAGAGGAAUGCCACCAGCCCGGUCAAUCCCUACAAAGACCACAUGUCAGUACUAAAAGCUUAUUUUGCCAUGAAUACUGAGCCCAACUCAGAUGAACUGAGGAAGAUCUCUAUGGCAGUGGGUCUGCCCCAGGAGUUUGUGAAGGAUUGGUUUGUGCAAUGGAAAGCUCAAUCCCACCAUAGUUUAUCUAGGAAAAGAUCUCCCCCUCCUGAGCGCAACUGUGGAGAGGUCAACCAUGGCUUGGUCAGAGAGUCAACAUUUGCCCGUUCACCUGUUUCUUUGGGGCAAUAUGGUGACUCAACAGCAGAGAUCCAAGCCAUCACCAAUGGGGAUUCAGGGCGGAAGCUGUCUAAACAGCAUCAGUUUACAAACAUCAGGCAGACCAAUGACAAGCCACUAGACUCUGUGGACCACUCGAGGGGUGAGACACCCUCACCUUUGAAUCUUACAUCAUCAUCAUCAUCUAAACACUCGCAUAGCAGUUCAUACACCCCUAACAGCCUCACCUCUGAGGAUGCCCACGGGGAACCACUGGACUUGUCUUUGCCAAAACAAGUAUCCAAGGCCGACCGGAGGCCCAAACCGAAUGGUUUUUCUAUUGACCACAGUAGCCACUCCUCCACACGUGAACAGGGAACAGAGCCUUUAAACUUGGCACACAUCAAGAAGGAGUAUAACGGGCCCAACAGCAAUGAAAAUCAGCUGGAUAAAAGCCCAAGCCCCAUCUUUAGCAUAAACCCCUUUGGUGGAGGACAUAUGUACACUUCACUUCCGCCUCAUGGAGCAUUCCCUCCGCCUACAUUUAUGUCUCCAGCUCAGGCCAGCAUCCCAGGACUGAGGCCUUAUCCAGGGUUGGACCCUAUGAGCUUUCUACCACAUAUGGCAUAUACUUAUGCAGCAGAGGCGGCCACCUUUGCUGAGAUGCAGCAACGACGGAAAUACCAGAGGAAAUCAGGCUUCCAGGGGGAGCUACUGGACAGCGCAGGGGACUAUAUGUCAGGGCUUGAAGACCUGACCGACAGCGAGUCGCUGCUCGCCCGGAAGAAGAUUAAGAAGACAGAAAGUGGUAUGUACGCGUGUGACUUGUGCGACAAAACAUUCCAGAAGACCAGUUCCCUCCUAAGACACAAAUAUGAGCACACAGGAAAGCGGCCUCACCAAUGCCAGAUUUGUAAGAAGGCCUUCAAACACAAGCACCACCUCAUCGAGCACUCACGCUUACACUCGGGCGAGAAACCCUACCAGUGUGACAAAUGUGGCAAGCGCUUCUCCCACUCCGGGUCCUACUCGCAGCACAUGAACCACAGAUAUUCCUACUGCAAACGGGAGGCGGAGGAGCGCGAAGCCGCCAAACAAGACAGCCACGACAAUGGCGGACCCCUGGAGCCCACGGAGCUCCUUAUGCGUCGGGCUUACCUUCAAGGACUAGGACCCUUGGGGUUUUCAGAUCCAGAGGACCAGGCCGAGGACAUUAUGCGAGAAAAUAGCAUCUUGAGAGAUGGAACUGGGGGCGGGGCUAGACAGGCAGAGGAGGCGUAUCCGGAAGUGACUGACAGGCAAGAGACAGGGUUGAUGGAGGAAGACGAAAUGGAGGCGGAGGAGCAGAGAUUUGACACUCCUGAUGGGACAGCAAAGGAUAAGAAAGAAAGAGAAAUGACAGGAGGGACUGAGGACGAGAGUUCGGAAGAGGGGAAAUUUGCGAGCAAAAUAAAUCCUGACGGCGAGAAUGAGGAUGCUGAUUAACUACUGCAUUUCGGAUUAAGCGUCCUGCAUUUGUUGUUUUCGUAUUCUCUCAAGCUUGUAUUAUGCCCUUCUUCCGCCCCUUCGGAGGGACUUUGAGCCAGAUUCACAUGUGUACCACACUGCCACGUCUUGGUUAUCUGAGCGUGUGCCUGAGGCUUGCACUCUUCAAUAUUAAGAGUGGAACUCCAAACACAGGCAUCAAAAACUAGGCUGGAUCUUGAAGGAAUCCAUAUUAUGCAAAACUAAGUGAAAACGAUUGUCAAAAUGUAAAAAAAAGGAAAGGUUUUCAAAAUGUACAGUGUUUUCAGCCAGAAAGCUAUGCGGUGCUGAUUUCCAUAUAACUCCUGUGUUUCAUUGUGGUUGUAGCACAAGCCUGGGAAUUGCACUCUUAAAAAGUAUUACAAAAACUGAAAAAUAAAAAACACAAAAAAGAAAAAAAACUUCUUGGGUUAAAAAAGAUAUUUGCCUAUAUAUGUACUUAUACUGCGCUUAAAGAUGCAGUAGUGUGUCAGUGUUAUAUUUCGUCUAUCACUAACUGUGAUACCAUUGGUUUUACCUUUCUUUACCUGACCAGCCACACAACGUUUAGGGUCUCACCAUGGCUUUUUUAAUAAAGCUACUUUAACUAAACGAAACCUAUUAUGAUUCUUAAGCAUACAAAGUCUUAACGUUGGCCAGGGGCGGAUGGAAAGAAACUGUAAUGAUGACGGCUCAUUGUAUGAGACUGCGCCAGAACCCCUGUGUUUUUUCGUUUGAGAAAAGCCUUAUAUGCAAACCCUUUCACCUGUGUUUUCUGCAAGUGCCAUCCUUGUACAGUAUAAUGCGAAGUCAACUAUAGUGUUCUCUUUGCACCUGCUUUAGUAUUAAAUGAAAUAUUUCACUGUGUCAUUUGAAAUACCUACGUCAGUAUUAGUAUAUCUAGACUGCAGUUGUUUAGUUUACAUAUUGUUUGUGCAAUUUUCUGUAUUUUUUUUAAGAUCAUCUGUCAGUAUUACCUUGGUUUGUUUCGUUUUGUUUUGUUCAAUACAAAAUUCGUUUUUAUUUUAAACUACCAUUUUAUUUAUGUGACUCAUUUUAUAUUUCCUAAUUAUAUUUAUUUCAUACUGUAGUGUACAGUAUUAUAGUUCCUUGAUAUAGAUAUAUUUUAGUAAAUAAGGAUCCUUACAAGUGGAGCAAAUUUUACGUAAAGAGAGCAUUUAUUGUAUCUGGAGCGAUCGCUGUGAAUUGCUCUUCAUACUACACUUACCUGAUGAAGGAGAAUCUACAAUUUGGGAACUUUUGAUACAAUAGCCUAUUGUGAAAACACUGUAUUUUUGACUGAAAGGAAAAAAAUUCCACUUUAUUCAUCUUAUUUGUUUUUCCUUUUCCCUUUUUUUAGCUAAAGAAAUAAAGGGGGGCUGUGGUUGUUGGGAUUUUUGAAAUGUCUGUUGAAGUAUAAUUUAAUUUUUAAUUUGUAAUUUCUCUUGAAAAUGAACUUGCUCAAAUAAAUGUAGCCCAAUUUAAUUUUGAAA